CCGUCUCAAAACUCAAAACAGUCUCUCGUUCUCGGAACAAUAUUGCGUGUUUGUGUCGGAAUAUCCCGAAUUUUAUUAGCUAUAUUGUAGCUAUACAUUCCGUGGACAUGAGUAACAGUGACCAAAGUGAGGACGGUCAGCUUAUCAGUCCGGAUCGCUUCGGCGGUGAGGACGAAACGACAGACUCACUGGACAUCAAACCUCCGCAAGCUUCUGUGGCCGGAUACUAUUCAAAAAGGAAGGAAAAAAAGUCGAAACAUUCUAAGGAUCAUCACCGGCAUGGGUCGUCCGCAGGUGGGCGGGACCAUUAUCAUGAAUCACGCCGGGAUUUUCGAGGACACCGGGAGCGAGAACGCGAUCGAUAUCAUCAUGGACAAGGCAGAGAACGUGGCCAUGAAAAGGAGAGGUACCACUCUUCGUCCGGGGGACAUCACUCGAGGGAUGCCCGGUACGAGAUGAAUCCGUUCUACGGUGAAGUUCGGGAGACGUACCACAGCAAGAAGGAGCGUGAUCGAGAGUAUUACGAAAAAGAACGAAGGAAGGAGUCACAAGAUUUACAAGAUGCGGAUAAGCUUCUCGAAGAUUUACGAACUAGAUUGUUACAUAAGAAGAGCCGGUACGAUUCCUCCAAACAGUACCACGAUCAAACACAGCAACUGCAAAUGCUACAGGCACAGCAGCAGCAACAGUAUGAAUCAGAUAGUAGAAGGGAGAAAAAACGCCAUCGGCGUCAUGAACGAAAAGAGCAACCAGCAAUGGAGUAUGUUGAAAUUUUAGAAAGUCCGGAAUAUGAAGUACCAUCGUCUACUGAAACGAAAGACAAGGAGCAUAAUGAGCGAAAGGCAAAACUUUUGGAAGCUGAACGGGAAAUGGCUCGUAGGAAGGAGGCUGCACGUGAUGAGCUGGAAAUUAGGCGACUUAUGAGACUCGAACGUUUAAAUAGUGUACAAUCACCGGAAGAUCAAACGAAUAAAACCGAAUUAGAACAGGACGAGCAGAAUGUUCAGAUGGAGAGUGUUGAGGAAGAGAAAACGAAAAAGAAGAAAAAAACGAAAAAACGAGCAGACUCCGAUCGUUCCGAGCAAGAGGAUAAUUCGGACGAUGCAGAAGAGGAUGACACUAAUUCGGAUAGCUUAUCUUCCAGCACUGAUACGGACGAUUCUCGUGAUGGAUCAGAAGAUGAUGAAAAACCUCCGGCAAGUCCGUUGUCUGUAGGAGAUUUGGUCAAAUCAGACAGAAGACAAAGAAGCGAAUCAAGAUCGCGCUCAAGGUUACGAUCGACUCCAUCCCGGUCAGGAUCGAUGUCGAGCCGAAGCAGAUCACGAAGUCCCCGAAGACGUCACGAGAGCAGCCGAAGCAUUUCUCCGAUAUCAGAUCAUGGUAGAGAGGAAACACAGCCUAAACCUAAGGAGAAGGAAGAACCUAAGUCGCCACCUAAAGAAGUGGAAAAGGAGGUUCUUCCACCGUAUUAUCCUGGCAUUCAAGGAUGCCGUUCGGUAGAGGAGUUUCAGUGUCUGAACCGGAUCGAAGAAGGCACAUAUGGAGUGGUUUAUCGGGCAAAAGAUAAACGGACUGAGGAAAUCGUUGCCCUCAAGCGACUUAAGAUGGAGAAGGAAAAGGAAGGCUUUCCGAUUACUUCACUAAGAGAAAUUAAUACUUUGCUAAAAGGACAACAUCCGAAUAUUGUGACAGUUCGAGAAAUUGUAGUAGGAAGUAAUAUGGAUAAGAUUUUCAUUGUAAUGGAUUACGUGGAGCACGAUUUGAAAUCACUGAUGGAAACGAUGAAACACAAGAAGCAGGUGUUUUUGCCAGGCGAAGUAAAGUGUCUCACUCAGCAAUUGUUACGGGCAGUUGCACACCUUCACGACAACUGGAUUCUUCACCGGGAUCUGAAAACGUCCAACCUGUUGCUUUCUCACAAAGGAAUUUUGAAGGUUGGAGAUUUCGGUUUGGCCCGAGAAUACGGAUCCCCCCUGAAAGCAUACACUUCAAUUGUGGUUACCCUGUGGUAUCGUGCCCCAGAAUUGCUGCUUUGUUGCAAAGAAUAUUCCACACCCAUCGACAUUUGGUCUGUGGGAUGCAUUUUUGCCGAAUUCCUUGCAAUGGGAGCUCUUUUCCCCGGCAAAACUGAAAUCGACCAGUUGAACCGCAUCUUCAAGGAACUGGGCACACCGAAUGAAAAAAUUUGGCCAGGCUACAAUCAGCUACCAGCGGUACAGAAAAUGACCUUCGCUGAAUAUCCGGUAUCGAAUCUGCGUAAACGGUUCGCUCAUCAAACCAGCGAACUGGGAAUUUCUCUGUUGCAAGGUCUGUUGACCUUUGAUCCGAAGCAGCGACUGACGGCAGAGGCGGCUAUGAAACAUAGCUACUUCAAAGAGUUACCACUCCCAAUCGAUCCCGCUAUGUUCCCCACGUGGCCUGCCAAGAGUGAAUUAGGAUUGAAAAGGGCUCUCGCGUCUAGUCCGAAGCCACCGAGCGGGGGAGGUGAAUUUAAGAAAUUGGGAGACGACGCAGUGGCUGAAAAUCCCGGUUUUCAUCUAGGAGGAACCUACCAAGAGUCCCGACAGAUGGCGAUGGGUCCCGGCUUUAGUCUAAAGUUUUGAUAGAUAAGGUAACUUUUUGCUUUAUUGAUAAUGUUUGACAGUUUUGUUCUCCAUUAAAAUAAACUAAUAAUAAUAAAUGUAUCCCAUGCACGUUGCGGAAUUAUACGUCUCCAGUUAGCACUA